UCAAAAUCUGUAUGUUAUCCUUUUUUAUUUUAUUACUCUCAUUUACAACAAAAAUUCCUCGAGUUGCCCUUCCUUACUCAUAGUAGUUGAAUAUGAUCAAGCCUCUGGGCGUUUAUCCAGGAGCUGGCACUGUGGCUCUAAGGCGAGACAUGGAUGAUAUGUCAUUGUUCUAUGAAGAGCGCUCAGCGGCACAUCGUCGCAAACACUUUAAAGUGAUCCAAUGUCCAAGGCCGGGGCUGUGCUUCGUCUUUCACGGAAUGAUUCUAGAUGCAUGUGAGCAUUUUGCCAUAGACUUUCUCACAAAACAGGGAAGUGAAAUAUGCGACGACUGCGAUGUGUUGUUGCAAAUAGGGUCACGCCUUCCCCAAAACUAUAUUACGCGCAACUCUCGGCUUAAGGGAAUGUGGGGACCCGAGGAGAACUCAUCCUAUCUAAGCUUCCAGCUAACCCGCGGAAAGUCUUUUUGGAUGCAAAUAUUACUUACUGAGGAGUGCUUUUUAAUUUCCGUGAAUGGAUAUCACUUUGCAAAAUAUGUUCACCGUAUGCCAUAUCGAUGGUUGGAAGCUGUGGACGUACUUGGCGAUGUCUCUGAUAUAGUAAUCGAUACAUACUAUGUUUCAGAGUACCCUAUACGUCUAACCCACUCAUUGCCUCGAGCCAUUAAACAUUUAUCAAGAGAUUUCCAGGAUGAAGAGCACCUGGAAACUGAAUGGAAGGUCUUAACUUCUCUGGCAAAGAUGUCAUCGAAAAAGUACCUGUACCAGCCGAGUCUUCCACUUCCCUUUUAUGGAAAGCUCUUGGAAGAUGAGGUCCUCAUCGAAGGACGAGCGCUUCGAAUCGAAGGCCGCGUAUGUUUGAUGCCCCAAAGAUUCAGUAUAGCGUUCCAGAAAGGACAGGAAAUUUGGCCACAGCCCACAGUCUCGUUUUAUUUUAGCCCAUGCUUCUUGCGAAGUAGAAAUGACAAAGUCGGUAAGGCUAUAAUUACUCGGCGUGCCUAUUUAAAUGGUGAGUGGGUGCACUGUACAGUGUCGCGCCUAAAUACAAGUCUUAGACCAGGCGGCGCCUUUGUCAUAGUAAUUGUCUGCCGAGAUAGCUAUUACGAACUCUUUGUAAACAACAGGUCGUUGUUUCAUUUCAAGUAUCAAAUGAAGCCAGAUUGUGUGGAUAUUGUGAAUAUCCGUGGAGAUAUUAGGCUUUGGGAAGUAGUCGUCGAGGGCAGCAAUAUUAUUAAAAAGCCACGUGUGCGUACGAACAUGGAACGUGCUAUAAAAGCCUGGAAGCGCACAGAGAUCCCGCAACUUGAAAUAUAAUUAUAUCAGUGACAUCCUUUCUGUGUAGAUCAAUUAAUAAACCAAUAUUCGGAAAUCAAA